AUGAAAAUUUUAAUAUCAACAUUUAUAAUUUUAUUUUUAUUGGUACAAAGCUAUUUCCCAAUUUCAUAUUAUUUUAAAUUAAAUCAAUUACAAAAAAAAGAAGGAUAUCAAGAAACAAUCUUUAGCAGUGCUCAAACAGGAGAAGAACCAGAGUUAGUCAAUUUCACAGAUUUACAAUUAGAUACAGACGACGAAAGAUUUGUUUGGCGUAUGUUUUCACCCAUUGCUAUAGAUACAAAGUGCUCAUUCGAAUAUUACAAUAGCGAAACAUUUAAAAAGAUUAAUUAUCAAACACUCUACUUUAAACAAUGGAUAGACUUAAUGGAAAUGUGUCGAAAACCAAUAAUAGAAGAGAUAUCAAAGGAUCUCUGCCUAAAGAAUCAAAAUCAAAUACUGCUAAUAGCAAAGAAAUACUAUCAAAACAAUUUGAUCAUGGAAAAAAGAGUAAAUCUAACAUGUUAG